UUAGGAGACAUGCCACUAGCCACCUGGGCAAAAGCAGAGAAAUCUCCCGGCUGUACUAAGCCCUGAAGAUUUGUCUAGAACAAUAGAUAAAAUUAUUUGUUCUGCCUACCCCACAGGUUUGCUGUAGAGCUCAAGCAAAACCAUGUAUAUAGAAGUACCCUAAAAAGUUUAAAGCAGCAUUCCAAUAUAAGGUAUUAAACGCUUUGCCCUUUUCCUUUGUUCCUCUGAAGUCAUAGUCUGUGUUUGGCUUGUGCUUGUGGACAGAAAACUCUGAGGGUGGUGGUGGUGGUGGGUGCUCCUAAGCACAGCGAAGCUUGUCUGCUUCCUUUUUCUUGGAGAAGGUACUAGGGAAUCCUUGCUUACGUGGCAUGUCCUCUGCUUGGGGUGACCAUGCUACAGAGUGGGAUCAUCAGUGUAGAGGAGAGGGUGCCCUAGAAAAUUCCAUAAAUUGGACUUUCCAACGGUGUUCAGGAGCCUGGGCUGGAAUUUCAUACGCACAGGUGCCCGUUUCCUGAAGGCAACCAGAACAUCGAAACCAUAAUUGUCCUCACCUUAAAUUGUAACGAUUUGAUGAGUUGACUACGGAACCGAGAUUGGCACAAAAUUAGUGGUCGAUUAACGUUAACCAACACAAUGAUGUGUUUAUUGAGUCGCUGGGCCCCAGGCUCUUCAUGGAAUAGAGGAGCAAGACCCUGUUCCUGCAACUAGAGAGGCUGAAGGGCUGUCGCUGCAACCGAACGUUAUGAAUCAUAGGGAAUUAAAAAGUGCCCCCAGGAACUUCAUUUCUAGGAAAAGUCUCGUUGGCUGACUUCUAGUGUCCAGCCAGCCCGAUGGGAUAGAGGGAGCCUGAUUUAAGGUUUGGCCACGGUUCUUACUAUUGCACUUCCCAGCAGCGAAGGGGUUUCAGUCGGAAACGGUGAAUUGAGUUUUAAGCCCAAACAAAGUUGUAAGUCGCAGGAGCCAGUGGGUGAAUGAAGGUCUGAGGAGCUUGGAGCUUCUGGUGCUCGGCGCUCACAAAGCGGAAAACGGCUCUAGGCUCUUCCCGCAGUCUCCAGACGUUCCCGGCACUGGCCGACCGGCGGGAGCACCUCCCCGCGCGCCCCGCACGCCCACUCCCGAGCGCCCCCAAGCAGAGCGCCGCGCCAGGAGUACGGAAGCAGGCGGGACGGUUUCCGAGUCCCUUACUCUGCCUCUCUCCGACCCAAGACAGGUCCUCCAGGCUCAGCCCGAACAUGUUGGACGGCCUGAAGAUGGAGGAGAACUUUCAAAGUGCGAUUGAGACUUCAGCCUCCUUCUCGUCUUUGCUGGGCAGAGCGGUGAGCCCCAAGUCUGUCUGCGAAGGCUGUCAGCGGGUCAUCUCGGACAGGUUUCUGCUGCGGCUCAACGACAGCUUCUGGCAUGAGCAGUGCGUGCAGUGCGCCUCCUGCAAAGAGCCCCUGGAGACCACCUGCUUCUACCGGGACAAGAAGCUUUACUGCAAGUACCACUAUGAGAAACUGUUUGCGGUCAAAUGUGGGGGCUGCUUCGAAGCCAUUGCACCCAAUGAGUUUGUCAUGCGCGCCCAGAAGAGCGUGUACCACCUGAGCUGCUUCUGCUGCUGUGUCUGUGAGCGGCAGCUGCAGAAGGGUGAUGAGUUUGUCCUGAAGGAGGGCCAGCUGCUCUGCAAAGGAGACUAUGAGAAGGAGCGGGAGCUGCUGAGCCUGGUGAGCCCAGCAGCCUCAGACUCAGGCAAAAGUGAUGAUGAAGAGAGUCUCUGCAAGUCAGCCCAUGGGGCAGGGAAAGGUGCUUCAGAGGAUGGCAAGGACCAUAAGAGACCCAAACGUCCCAGAACCAUCUUGACAACCCAGCAGAGGAGAGCAUUCAAGGCCUCAUUUGAAGUAUCCUCCAAGCCCUGCAGAAAGGUGAGGGAGACUCUGGCUGCGGAGACAGGGCUGAGCGUCCGUGUGGUUCAGGUGUGGUUCCAGAACCAGAGAGCCAAGAUGAAGAAGCUGGCCCGGCGGCAGCAGCAACAGCAGCAGGAUCAGCAGAACACCCAGAGGCUGAGUUCUGCUCAGACAAAUGGUGGCGGGAGCGCUGGAAUGGAAGGGAUCAUGAACCCCUACACAGCUAUUCCCACCCCACAGCAGCUCCUGGCCAUUGAACAGAGCGUCUACAAUGCUGACCCGUUCCGACAGGGUCUCACUCCCCCCCAGAUGCCUGGAGAUCACAUGCACCCCUACGGUGCUGAACCUCUUUUCCAUGACCUGGAUAGUGAUGACACUUCUCUCAGUAACCUGGGCGACUGCUUCCUAGCAACAUCAGAAGCAGGACCUCUGCAGUCCAGAGUGGGAAACCCCAUUGACCAUCUGUACUCCAUGCAGAAUUCCUAUUUCACCUCUUGAGUCUUCUAAAAUUUUGUGGCUGGGCUCCCAUAUGGAACAACCAUACUGUGUGAGGGGUUGCUGACUUUAGGAUGGGGAGGCCAGAGAAGAGGUGGGCUGGGGAGGGAGGUUUGUUGGGGAUGCUGUUGUAUAAUGAUAUGGUGUAGCUCAGCAUUUCCAAAGACUGGAUACAUUAUGGAUUGCAUAGUUUAAUGUUUCUAAUAAGAAUCUUAGUGUUAGAUAUGAAGAUGUGUUUAUCAUUAAGGACAGGGACUUUUAAUAUAGACAUUCUCAAGCAAGCUAGAUACCUAGGGACUCCUAACAGCUUCCCACCAUUGUGGAGAAGUGCUUGUCAAGAGGUGCCGUAUGUCUAUUCAUCCAUACACCAAUAGACAGACAGAUAGAUGUGUGAGUGUGUGAGUGUGUAACCUUUCAUACUUUAUCAUCAAAGUUUAUCCCUAAUUAUAACAGACACCAACUGUACAGCAAAAAGUAACUUUAUUUUCAGUGUGAACUGUAUUUAAGGAAAUACUUGAUGCACUUAAGUUAUAAAAUGAGAUAAUUUACUUUUAUAAACUUUAUUUUUAGUUUGGAGAGACUCAUCGGCAGGGCAGAGAGGCCUGCUCCACCUGGUCCCAUAGCUUUGAGUGCUUGAGUUUGUUCUGUUUCCAGAGCAUCAUUGAGGUCUAGGAAACAACUCCAUAUGGCUAGCAGCAUUCUGUUGUGGGCUCUUGCUCACUCUGGUGUUGAGUCACUGGGCCUGGGUGGAACAGAGCAAUCCCUGAACGUGAUUUUAGGCUUCUUAGCACGUGGUUGUUGGGCAGCAUCAGCGAGGUUGUUUCUACCCCUAAAGACUCAUCCUCAAUGAGUGUGGAUGAGGUUGAUUGCCAUACCUACCUCCCUCUUUAUGAGUGUGGAUGAGGUUGAUUGCCACACCUACCUCCCCGGGGACACUGAGGUUCCACCCAGGACAUGAGAUUUAAAUCUGAUAUGGCUUAAAAUACAGCCAGAUCAUGCACCUGGUGAUAGAGGACACCUGGGACCACAGAGCAGGAAGUCCUUGUACCCCAAAUCCUAACCUUCUGCAUAGCCCACAUGGCAGAGACACAACUCGAAAGGGUGGAGACAGAGCUCCAUCGGAGAAGGUGGAAGAAGUUUGGUAGACGGAAUUCUAGAGCAAGUGUUGACUUGCACAUCUGCUUUUUGUUUGUUUUGUUUUGUUUGUUCUUACUUUUUAAAAGAUCAUUUAAAAAGUAACUGUCAGCACCCAGAAAGUCUGAAUUCCCUGUGAUCUCUGAUUGUUUCUUUCUUGAGGGCUCCUAGUCUAGAGAGAGUGUUUAUAAACAGCCCCAUAGAGCUCACAGAAGCAGAGAGGAUCAGGCACGUACCCAGGGCUCUUCCUUUCAACUCACUUUGCUGCCCUUGAGCACAGGAAGACCCAGCAGCCAUUGUACACAGGGACAGUUCCAGACCCGGAUCUCCAGUUAUGGUGCUAGGAUGGGAUCUUCUGUGUUAGGAUCCUCCUGGGGAAACACUGAGUCAUGGGGAAGACAGAAGGGCUCCACUGAGAGGGGCUGUGACAGGCAUGGCCUCAUGCCUGGGGACAUCAUCAGAGCCUUGAACACACCCACGUAUCCACUCUCUGCAAGGCCAGAGGAAGCAUGUCCCUUAGUGGUAGAGUCUGUGUUGUGUGAUUUUUGUGCUCUUCUUUAUAAUUUAUACAAACCACCAGGAACCCCGAACCAGUCCGUUGAGUGAGAAUGAGGCCAGUGCAGGUAGCACCAAAGGUGUCUGUGUUGCUGAUUGGUUGGAGAAUGUAGCAGAUAUUAUGUGAAUGAAAACAGAGAUCCUUAAUUCUACUCUUUAAUGGCAUACCGAGAUGAAAUUAAAAACCUCUUACAAAUGA